AUGGCAUCCACAUUUGCAGCCUAUUGUUAUAUGUCAUCUCAACGUUUAGCUGCUAUCCUUAUCUUCUUUUCAAUUUGGCACAUAAUAGCAUUUAAUGAACUGAAGACUGAUUACAAGAAUCCAAUAGUGCAGUGUAAUAUACUAAAACCACUGGUGCUUCCAGAGUAUCUCAUCCAUUAUAACUACUGUGUCAUGUUUUUUUGUCCAGCAGAAUGGCUGACAUUAGGUCUUAAUAUGCCAGUUUUGGCCUACCAUGUGUGGUGGUACAUGAGUAGGCCUGUUAUGAGGGGACCAGGAUUAUAUGACCUUACAACCAUCAUGAACACUGAUAUUUUAGCAUACUGUCAGAAGACUGGAUGGUACAAACUAACGUUUUAUCUUUUAUCAUUUUUCGAUUACUUAUAUGGAAUGAUAUAUGUCUUGGUGAGUUCUUAAGAUCCAUUGC